UUUGAGGAGAAGUGUUAUCGUGUAUACUCGACUACACUGCCGAGUCGUCUUUCAUUUCCUGUGGCCAAUUAAACCGAGGACCAAACACACUUUACAGUGACGCAGUGUAGAAGUCAAGCAGUAGCGGGUACGACAACGACGUUACAACACAAUGGAACCUCUGCAACGUCCUCGACUGUGACGUAUUCUUAGAUAACGUUCUACUAGAGCUCCAUGUUUUCUGGCACUCUGGGUGAUUAGUUAGAGUGGCUUAACUACACCCAGUCUCGCUGGCAGACUCCCUGGACGCUUGUGUUAUUAUUCUUUUGAAGCUAAAACGUUUCGCCGUGCGAUCAAUUCUUUGAAGAGUCGGUGUCGCUGUACAUUUGCUGUUCCAGUCUUGCAAUUUCACAGACAAAAUGGGCCAUUUAUCAGCGUGUCUGUGGGUGAUCGUUUCUCUAUGUGCUGUGGAUUGUUCUCAGGCUAAGCCGAUUAAAAACGACAAAUGUGAGUAUGACUUGGACCUUGUUGAAAACAACAUCCGGGUGGUGUGUCAGGGAAAGGGGGCCAAGGUCAACAUCUACGCUACCAACGCCGAGUUGAAGGAAGCGGGGAUGUUACCCUCGAAGAAGGACAGACGACCGAUGAGGCCACAGCGAGACUCGGAACACACGAGGGCUCAUAUGUACUAUUUCCGUGACGCUAGUCCGAUGUCAGAUACCAUACGGAACUCCACGAAGAAGAUGGAAAGGAUCAAGCGGAAGUUGUCCCGGGUGUCCUCCUCCAUGACCAACAUCUCGCACCAUCUUGCUUCCGGUGACGAAAAGUUACAGUCGGACCUGGACGCUAUGCGACGCAUGCAGUAUCAGUCGGUGACGCUCAAGGACACCAUGUUGGCGGCCAUUCAGAACCAGUACACGUUCAUGAGAACCGCCAUCCUCUCACACAGCGCCGAGAUGUCAAAGAUGAUGGAUUCACUGCAACUGAUGAUUGACGUGACCUCUAAGAGUCUCCAGAGCGCCGCAAGGUCAGAGGUCGAUCUGUACUUACAGUUAGGAUUCGUGAAUCAGACCAUGUUGACGAUGAGACGCAUGUUGUCCCGAGAACUCAAAAAGAAGAGAAGGCGGCCAAAUAUCAACAAAGAAGAAUUAGGAACUUGCCCUCAACAGAUCGUGGCCAUCGGCGCCGGUGACGUCAUCAACGUGAAGGGGAAACGUGGCGCCUUUAUGAAAGACGUGGCGGACGACACGGGGACGAUCUUCAUCAUGGCGGGCAGCGGGAGCUCGGACAGGCUUGUGGAGUACGAGUCAGAGAUUGACCUUCAAUACUCAUUCACCUCCAUAACCUUUGACCUGCCAUUCAAAUGUCAAGGCACUGGUCAUGUGAUCUACCGGGGCUGCCUCUACUGCCAGAGGGAAGGCACAAGCAAGAUAAUCAAGUACAAGUUGGACAGGAUGGAAAACAUGGGCGAGAUUGACGUCACCAAGACCGGGAUGGAGAACCAAUACGCGUUCGAGUUCGGCGACAUCAACGACAUCGACCUCGCCGUAGACGAGUACGGGUUGUGGGCCAUCUACAACACGCCGGAGACCGCCGGGAAGAUCAUGAUUAGUCGCAUCAACGACGCCAGCAUGGAGAUUGAACAGACAUGGCUGACAAGCUACCCCCGCAGCCUUGCAAGCAACACAUUCAUGAUUUGCGGCGUCCUCUACACCGUGGAGUCCUUCAACGAAACGCCCAACUACAUCAAAUACAUCUUCGACACUGCCACAGCCAAGGACACUGUUCUGAAGGGGGGAAGUCUGGUGUUCCCGGCUCUGGACGACGCCGAUGUCCACGUCUCCAUGCUGGAUUACAACUUCAAGGACGGCAUUCUGUACGCGUGGGGGGGAGGCAAGGUGUACUCGUUCCACGUGUUUUUGGAGGAUGGUUCCCGGAUCCCGUAGUCACACGACCGUCACCAUCCAAAUCUUGUUUGGACGCCGCGAUGGCGGGAUGAAGGGUAACGUCUUGCACUUCCUGACUUGCAGCAGCGUCAUCGGUACCGUCAGCAUACACCCGACGUGGCACCUACUUCCGGGAGAACUGAUCGGUUCAGAACACGUGUCAUGGUCACGUGUAGUCGCGUGUCGUGGUCACGUGAUGCUCAUGGUGUACUUGGUUUGGGCUCGGUGCAAGGAGGAAUUCCUCUGACCUUGAUCGGUGGAGUGACGUAAUGACCUUGUGACGUAAUCACAUUGUUCUCACGCACAAGUUUCCUUCUCUACAUCUGCAUCUGGCGGCGAUGGGAAGCCUCUUCUGUGUCGAUUCCGCCAUUACUGUGCAAACCAGGACCUUUCAAUCCUGAAAGAGUUCAUUUCAAAAACGUUUGACACAGAAUUAGAAAGCACGUAGAAUAUGAAAGAGAUGUUAUUCGUUCUCAACGCAUAGUUUUGUAGUUUUGUUUUAUAGUUUGUUUGUUCAAGAUCGAAGACAAUUAUUUCUAGUCGCAUCGUCACAGCCUCAUAAAUGUGUAUCGCAGGCUUUUGUAAAUAUAUCUGUAUACACAGUGCAUGCUUCCUAGAGAGUUUUGAGGGGUAUUCCUGUUAUUAGAACAUAGGUACUUACGGCAUGGGAAAAUAGUUAUUCUUGACUUUGGACACAAACAAUAUUCGAGACAUUGAAACAAAAAUAUAUGUAUGACAGAUAUUCGAGACACCGGAACAGAGGUAUUUAUGGAAUAGUCACGUGGGUAUACAAGGUAUUGAAACAAAGGCAUUCUCGGCAUAGGGUCAUAGGUACUGAAUGUGUAAGGACAAGGCCACUCACGGCACACAGGAUUUCGAGGUAAUGAAACAUUUGUUAUCGUGGUAUUAGAACAUUCGUGGAUAUGAAGGCCCGUCAAUUAUUUUUUUAUUUAAGAUAUUAUUGAUGACGAUAAUAAUAUGAGGAUAUCGUCGAUAUGGAUUUACUGAAUUAUCAAUCUUCGGCUUGGUCUUUAAAUUGCCUUUUUUCAAGCUGUUUUAUGCUCAAAUGGAAACGAAAGCUAAUAUCAUACAUGUCAACAAAAAUUGCAAGGCACAAAUUUAUUUGUAUUCAAGAAACUGUUGUUUACCUUCAGACUAACUGACUAUGUGUUGAUUGUUCGAAGAAAACGAAUGGAGUUCUGUGAUUCUAAAGUGUUGACAUUAUUAAAGGUAGGAAACGGGAGGAGAGUCACAUUUGCUCUUACAAAUCUACCAUCGCGAUAAAUCAAAGCUGUAAAGUAAUUCAAACUGAUUUGUAAACUUGUUGGGUGAGAUAUUGUACUCCCAUUGUGAUCUUGAUAGCCAUGUUUAUACUUGUACGUCGUACCGGGUUGGCUUUGUGAGGGGAGACAAUCCUGAAGCUUUUUCAGGGGAGACAAUCCCUCCAUGCGUAAGGGAAGUUGGUCGUGAUAUGUAUCAGGGGAGAUAAUCCUGAUCUACCUCUACUUUCGCUUCCUAAACUUAACAGAAUGUUCGUUACACUAACUAACCUAAAUACAAAAAUGAGUAUGAUGUGUCUGUUUAAAUGCAGAUGUAUAGAAAAUACAAUUUGCUAAAAUAAAAAAAAACACUUUGUAA